AUGUGCCUGGCCUCUGGUUGUUCGGGGCUAAAAACAAAAGGGUUCUUCCCUCAAUCUGCAAUGCGGUUUCCAAACCUCACACUCAAGGACGACGACUCUGCAACAACCGAGAUUAUCAGAGAACAUGUGGAGACGGUCAAGUCCAUGCUGUCUUCUAUGGAGGAUGGGGAGAUCAGCGUAUCAGCCUAUGACACCGCCUGGGUUUCUUUGGUUGAAGACGUCAAUGGAACUGGUUCACCUCAGUUCCCUUCCAGCCUCGAAUGGAUUGCCAACAACCAACUCGAAGAUGGUUCUUGGGGCUACGAGGACAUCUACAACGCACACGAUCGGAUGAUCAGCACCCUCGCCUGCGUCGUCGCUUUGAAGUCGUGGAAUCUCCACCCCGACAAGUGCGAGAAAGGAAUUAAGUUUUUCAAGGAAAACCUACACAAGCUGGAAGACGAGAAUAUCGAACACAUGCCUAUUGGGUUCGAAGUUGCCUUUCCUUCUGUUCUGGAAAUAGCUCGGAGCUUAAAGCUUGACGUGCCUGAUGACUCUCCUGUGUUGCAUAAGAUCUAUGCCUGCAGAAACCUAAAAUUAACCAAGAUACCCAAAGACAUAUUGCACAAUGUUCCCACAACGCUUCUUCAUAGCAUGGAAGGCAUGGCUGGUCUCGACUGGGAAAAGCUUUUUAAACUCCAAUGUCAAGACGGUUCGUUUUUGUUCUCUCCGGCAUCCACUGCCUACGCGCUUCAGCAGACCAAGGACCAAAAAUGCAUGUCCUAUCUGUCCAGAGCAGUUCGCAAGUUUAAUGGAGGAGUCCCUAAUGUUUACCCAGUCGACUUGUUCGAACACAUGUGGGCUGUGGAUCGCUUGCAGAGGUUAGGAUUGUACAGAUACUUCAAGCCGGAGAUUAAGGAGUGUAUGAACUACGUAGCCAAGUUCUGGACUGAGAAAGGGAUUUGCUGGGCGAGGAACUCAGAGGUUCAAGAUAUCGAUGACACAGCGAUGGGAUUCAGACUGCUCCGGUUGCAUGGGCACAAAGUGUCAUCUGAUGUGUUUAAGCAUUUUAAGAAAGGGGACGAGUUUUUCUGCUUUGCGGGACAAUCGAACCAGGCGGUGACCGGAAUGUACAACUUGUACAGGGCAAGUCAGGUGGCGCUGCCAGGAGAGAAGACCCUCUAUGAGGCUAAGGAGUUCUCGACAAAGUUUCUUAGGGAGAAGCAAGCUUCAAAUGAGCUUCUAGACAAGUGGAUCAUAAUGAAGGACUUGCCCGGAGAGGUAGAAUAUGCGCUUGAUGUUCCAUGGUACGCGAGUUUACCUCGACUUGAGACUAAAGUCUAUAUCGAACAAUAUGGUGGUGGAGAUGACGUGUGGAUUGGCAAGAGUCUCUACAGUAUGCCCUACGUUAACAAUAAUGUGUAUCUUGAGCUGGCAAAGUUAGACUUCAACAAUUGCCAAGCACUACAUCUCAGUGAAUGGGAUAACCUUCAAAAGUGGUACGGAGAAUGGAAACUUGGAGGCUAUGGACUAAGCAAAAAAAGUCUCCUCAUGGCUUAUUUUGUUGCAGCAGCGAGUAUUUUUGAACCUGAAAGAGCAAAUGAGCGACUCGCAUGGGCUAAGACAACUUCCUUGGUUGACACGAUUGAGUCUUAUUUUAAGGGCGAAACUUCUCAUGAAGAUAAGAAGGCUUUUGUUGAUGAGUUCAAAAACCUUUCAAAUAUGCGAGAGAGGUCGAAUAAGAUUGCUGGGCAAGGAAUUCUAGGGGCAUUGUUGGCGACGCUAAGCCAACUCUCAUUGGGCACAAUGGUGUUACAUGGCCAAGACAUUAUUCAAUGUCUACGUCAAAGUUGGGUAAAAUGGCUCCUGAAGUGGCUAGAGAGAGGUGGAAUGUACCAAGAUGAAGCUGAGCUGCUAGUAGAAACGAUAAAUCAAACCGCUGGCCUUUCACCAACUCAGGGGUUGUUCUCUAAUAAUCCAGAAUAUGAGCAUAUUUUUAGCUUGACUAACAAAGUUUGCAAUCAACUUCGUUCUUGCCAAAAACAAAAGCACAAGGUAAAUGAUGAUGGCAGCUACAAAUCAAAAAUGAGCAUGACAACCCAAGCAAUUGAAUCAGAUAUGCAGCAACUUGUAGAAUUGAUGCUAAAAUCUCCAGAUGGCAUAGAAUCCUUGCUUAAGCAAAGUUUUUUCACGGUAGCGAGGAGCUUUUACUAUUUAAACUACUGUGACCCUGAGAUCAUCAGCCAUCACAUUGACAAAGUACUAUUCGAGAGAGCAAUUUGAUGAAUGUGUAAAAUAUUAGGUUAUUGUAGAUGUUUUAUCUUUUCUCUCUCUCACCCCCUCCCUCCUCCCCUUUUA